AUGUUUUUGCAUCAGCAAAGCAACGCGCUCGGCAUUCAGCUAUGGGCAAUCACAAUGUUCCUCGCUGGUUUCGUGACUGUACUAAUGACACCACUUCGCGAAGAUGUUGCGAUGGGGCACGACGAUAAGAUUCACUGCAUUGGCGCAUCCAUUUAUCGAACCGACCAUUUUUUAGCCAAUAAGUGGGUGUUUGGGGUGGAUUGCUUCUCUGGGAAUAACAUUUGGGGAUUGGGCUUUACACUGAAUUUCUUUAUGUGCAGUGUCUGCCAGGGCCUGCGCAUGAACGGAAAUCGCGCUGCGCGGUCUCUCUACGAUGGUCUUCUCAGACGGUCGCCAGUGCCAAUCAAAUAUCACAGCUACAUUUUCUGCAUAGAAGCUCUGUUCCAGUUCAGCGAGAACGCCCUCCUGCUGUGCUUCCUGCUUGGGUUCACUUCUGGCAGGGCAGCGGUCGCAGAGCUGUGA